AUUGGGUGUCCAGUAUCUGACUUAUUUGACUCUCAACAGGCUCUGCGACUUCACACUCCAGCUUGGUGUUCAGUGUGGUUCAGACGCUCCCAUCUUUUCUAUUCGGGUUCACAGAUUUGCAGCCAGUGCAAACACUAAGCAGCCAUGGAUGCUAUCAAGAAGAAGAUGCAGAUGCUCAAGCUUGACAAGGAGAAUGCCUUGGACAGAGCUGAGCAGGCCGAGUCAGACAAGAAAGCAUCUGAGGACAGAAGCAAACAGCUCGAGGAUGACCUGGUAGCACUGCAGAAGAAGCUGAAGGCCACUGAGGAUGAGUUGGACAAAUACUCUGAGGCCCUGAAGGAUGCUCAGGAGAAACUGGAGCUUGCUGAGAAGAAAGCCACAGAUGCUGAGGGUGAUGUAGCUUCCCUGAACAGACGCAUCCAGCUGGUUGAAGAGGAGCUGGACCGAGCUCAGGAGCGUCUGGCCACAGCGCUCACCAAGCUGGAGGAGGCUGAGAAGGCUGCCGAUGAGAGCGAGAGAGGCAUGAAAGUCAUUGAGAACCGAGCAAUGAAGGACGAGGAGAAGAUGGAGCUGCAGGAGAUCCAGCUGAAAGAGGCCAAACACAUCGCUGAGGAGGCCGACCGCAAAUAUGAGGAGGUGGCCCGUAAGCUGGUGAUCAUUGAGAGCGACCUGGAACGUACAGAGGAGCGUGCCGAGCUGUCCGAGAGUAAAUGCUCUGAGCUGGAGGAGGAGCUGAAGACCGUGCAGAACAACUUGAAGUCUCUGGAGGCCCAGGCAGAGAAGUACUCACAGAAGGAGGACAAGUACGAGGAGGAGAUCAAGGUUCUCACAGACAAGCUGAAGGAGGCUGAGACUCGUGCUGAGUUCGCUGAAAGAUCAGUUGCCAAGCUCGAGAAAACCAUCGACGACCUGGAGGAUCAUCUAUACAAGCAGCUUGAUAAAAACCGUCUUCUGACCAAUGAACUGAGAGUAGCCUUAAAUGAGGCCUAACCUGGAAAAGGUUUGCUUUAUGCUGACACAUUUUUAUGUCAACAUAAUCCGAGAGCAUUGUGGACUUGUUAGAUUAAGCAGGUAGAUUCACAUCUACACCAUAGAAAUAUAAUCAAAUUGCAGUAUACUUGGAUGUUAAAAGAUGGGUAAUCGGAAAAUAAUCAUGGUGAUGUGUUUUUUUUUCCUUUUUUUUCCCCAUUGAAUUAGUGAGUUGUUUAUUUUACUGCAGGUUAGACAUGGUCUGCCUCAUAGCUAAUGGAGUGAGUUACUUCUACAUGUAGCAUUUGUAGCACAAGCCCCAAUAGAAGUUGGACUUGUGUUGGAGCUUCUAAACAAGAAAACCACUAAGACUUGCAAUUCACCUCCAGAUUGAAGUCUUAAAAAUAAAUAAAACACCAAGUAGGGUUUCUACAUAGUAGAUUAACUUAAGAUGUGGCUCAAGAAAAAUCUUCUCACUUUUGAUCCCUAACAAACUACAAAAAGUCAGCUGAGACCAAAUCUUUUAGGUUGAGUUAUUUCAUAGUUAAGACCUCCAAUGUGUACUGAGAAGGAUGAACACAUUCAACAUGUAUCUGAAUGUAGUUUAAGACCCACUGUGGAGAACUGGACUGACUUUCCAAGUACUAAAAUUAAGAAUAUUAAAUUUAAGACCACUUAGAAAAUUUGAUUAAAUACACUUCCAGCUUUUUUUUUUUUUUCAAACUCAAAGUGAUUUGUCAUGCAGUAAAAAGAAAUUAAGUUUCUAUUUUUGCUUGAUUUUAGACUCUGAAAGGUUGAAGUGGCAUUUCAGCAGUCAUGGAUUUGUUUCACAACCUAAUUUCAAAGAAAAUUAUUUAAAGUUGUAAUUAUUUUAAAAAGUUAAGCACUGACUUCAGUCUAGACUUCAUCUCUGUCAAUAGCUUGAGUAAAACCUUGUCAAAUGUUUCAUUAAUUUGGGUUUCUGGUACUAGUUUACAGCAUGAAGCUUUUCAGAUGUACUUGGUAAACACUUAAUAGGUGUGGCGGGAGGUGAAAUUGAUUUUGAUUCUUGGCUCAUCAGCAUGUAUGUUUUCUGUCCACCAGAACCUCAACAAUGUAUAUUUUCUGCACUGUUGUCCUAAACUGAUAUGAUGUUGUAUUGACAGACAAACUCACACGUGCUAAAGAAGAGGGCCUGAGCAUUAAGCAGAUGAUGGAUCAGACCCUACUGGAGAUGGUUAAUAUUUGACCCAGCUAUGUUCCUCUCCACUACCUGACUUCACAUGUUCUAAAUGACCGACUCCCACAUGCUGCUGCUGCUACGGUGGUCAUGUGGGUCUGUGUUUAGCUGUACCUCUGGCAUUGUUGACUACAGGACACACGCUCUGUAUGAAGUAGCAGAAAAGGCAUUGAGCUCCAGCUCAGCUACAGUGUUUAUAUUGCACGUUCUGUUCAAAGACCUGUUUAAGUUCACUGUACAUGACAAUGGUUUACAUAUGUGUUGGGACUUUGCACUUUUGAUGAUGAAAAUACUGCACAUUGUCUUUAUGAAUGAAGCCAUAAUUUAAGCCAAGCUUGUAUAAAAGGGACUUUUAUUAUAUGUACUUUUGUAAGAUCAUGUAUGUUAGUUUUUUUUUCUUUUGUUAUAAAGUUGCAUUCAAUGUCUAAUCUCUUUCCUUCUGAAAUUUAAGGACUUUAGCUACGUGAAGCAAACACUUGUGCACUGUUCCAUUUCUAACAUUUUCUCCCGUGAAAGCUAAUUUGCUUGUUUUCCCAGACAUUUUUAUCUUGGAAAUGUAAGAAUAAAAUAUUGAACCAGG